AAGAGGAUGCUGCUGGGGUGGAUGCUGAGAGCUCCAUCGCUCUGAAGGAGGUCACAUCCAGACACACCAGAGAACAACUCCUCACCGCUUCCAUCGCCUCUGCAGGACCGGAUGGCCGACAACAUGUCUGCACUGGGAGAGCACCUCACAGAUGAGGAGAAGGAGAUCAUCAAUGGCGUGCUGGCUCGUGCCGCUAAGAUGGAGGCCAUGGAGCAGCAGAGGAUUGAGCGUCUGUCCAGUCGUCUGGACAACAUAAAGAAGACGGCAUGUGGGGAUGGACAGUCGCAUUGCCUGCUGUGUGGAGCGUCCUUCGGAGCUCAGGGGGUCACAGCUGUUCUCUGUUCUCACUGCAAAAAGCACAUGUGCAGUAAAUGUGGGAUCUGGAGUAACAGCAGGAGUUGUCCAACGUGGCUUUGUCGGAUCUGCAAUGAGCAGCAAGAGGUACAGAAACGCUCAGGGGCUUGGUUUUAUAAGGGCAGAGAUCAACCAGGGCUGCCCUCCCCACUGCCUCUCUCCAGCACUCUACAGUCCAACACAGACAACAGCACCGGACAAGGAGGCCACAGUCGGUCACAGGGACAAAGACAGCAUCCUCAGACUGAUGAGCGACAGCAGAAGCAGUCCUGUGCAUCAGAACAAUGGGAGCAGACGGCAAGAACAACAACUGACAGCUGCAAUGAGGCUCAUUCUGCUCAGGCAGCUGUAAUGAAGACAGAGCGACAUGUGUUAGCUUCCAAACCCCCCCAGGCGAACAGGCAGCAGACAGCCCCCUCCUCAGCAGUAAAUGUGGAGAACAAUCAUGCUGAGAAAGUAAGGACAAUGUCCUCUCCAGCUGUGGAGGAACCACGACAACCCGUUGUCUCCUGCCCAGCUUCAUCUUUCACACCUGCAACCCGAAUUAUGCCACCAGUGAAUCCACCUUCCAACAAUACGGCUCCUCAGAAACCCCCUUCAGAUCACACAGAGGAAAACGACAAUGACUAUGACUCAGAUGACGCAACCACACUGGGAUCUCUUGAGUUCAGCCUCCUAUAUGAACAGGAGAAUCAUGCUCUACACUGCUGUAUCAUUAAAGCUAAGGGUUUAAAACCAAUGGAUUCUAAUGGACUCGCAGAUCCAUAUGUUAAGCUACAUUUGCUACCUGGAGCCAGUAAGUCCAACAAGCUUCGUACCAAGACUCUUAAAAACACCCUGAAUCCUGUUUGGAACGAGACACUGAUCUACCACGGCAUCACAGAUGAGGAAAUGCAACGCAAAACACUCAGGCUUUCAGUGAGCGAUGAGGACAAGUUUGGACAUAAUGAAUUCAUCGGAGAGACACGGGUUGCCCUAAAGAAACUGAAGUUCGACCAAAAGAAGAGUUUUAACGUUUGUUUGGAGAGAGUGAUCCCGGUGAAGAAGGCUGUUGGAGGAUCAAUUCGUGGAAUGGCACUUUACGAGGAUGACCUGAACGAAGGCGAGGACUCAGAGGAAAGGGGACGCAUCCUGAUAUCACUGAUGUUUAACAGCCAGCAGAGCCGUCUGAUAGUGGGCGUGAUCCGCUGUGCUCAUCUGGCUGCCAUGGACUCCAACGGAUACUCAGAUCCCUUUGUAAAAAUAUGUCUGAGGCCAGAUAUGGGAAAGAAAGCCAAAAACAAGACGCAGAUAAAAAAGAAGACCCUCAACCCAGAGUUCAACGAGGAGUUCAGCUAUGAAAUUAAGCAUGGCGAGCUCGCCAAGAAAACUCUGGAUGUAUCAGUCUGGGACUAUGACAUGGGAAAAUCCAACGACUUCAUUGGGGGCUGUCAGUUGGGCAUCCAGGCUAAAGGAGAGUGUUUGAAACACUGGUACGAAUGCCUCAAGAAUAAAGACAAGAAAAUAGAGCGCUGGCAUGUUCUGCUUAACGACAACACCGUCCAGUUUGAGGAUUAAAUUAACCUUUAAUUAUUCAAUUGUCUUCUGUGCUAUUUUAGGAUGUCCCUACCCAAUACUGUUUUUCAUUUCAUUAAGGAUGAACAACUCCUUUGCAUUUUGUUUUAUGUUUUUCUUUCUAGAAGUACAAUGUGAAUUUUAAAUAUGUUGUGACAAACAUGGAUGUCGAUCUAAAGUAACCCCCUACCCGCACACCCACACCUCCUAAACUAAUCCAGGAAACCUAUCAUAUCAUAUCCUGCAUAAUAUGAUAAAUGAGCCGCUGAACUGAGCGUUUAUCAUAAUUCAAGGGGAAGAUAAAGUUUUUGUUAUCACUGUUAUCAGGCGAGAACGUUGUAUUGAAGUUUGCACAGAUCCUCAGGCUCAAAGGAGGGAAUUCCCGGUUGUCUGUCUGUCCUUUGUUCACCCCAUCAUACUAUUCCAGUGACCACGUCAUUACUGGGUGAAGAGGUCAGCUUUCCUGAUAUAUCUAAUCACAUUGUGUUAGUUGAUGUGUGAUGUUAUUCUGGUCUGUGCAUCAUCCAAAACAAAACAAACAAAAGAUUUUUGUAUUUUAUUUGUGCUUUUGUGCCAAAUGACCAUGCAUCUCAAUUUCGAUAAAUGGAUCCAAGACUAGUUGUACAUGUUGGCCUAAAUAUAAUGUAAUUUUCCUAUUAACUUAAAAUUUGCCAUUUAUGAAAUGUAAAAACUCAUAGUUACCUCUAAAUGAUCCUGUGUUAGUUAUAUUUUUCAUUCAUAUGCUGAGUUCGGACUCACCGGCUGGAACCUCCCAAGGUAAGGUUACGUCAUAGCAUGGCGCCGAGGCCUGUUAGGAUUGGAAGACUCCUCGUUAUGCGGCCAACAAAUGCAGCCUUCUUUUUCCCCAUUUUGAAGGAUGGGUCUGGUGUGUCCUACAUAGCCUUGGGUUUCCCAUGAUUCAUUGCGAGUCCAAUCAAGCCGGCUGCUCUAUGCUAAGGGGAAAAAGGGAAACGUCUCCAAAAAAUGGUGAAUAUUGUAACUGCAGUUUAAUAUGCUACAACUGAAUA